AUGAGCACUGUCAGUCGCCCAGUGACAGGGGACGCUGUCCCUUCGGUUCGACUCCCCCAGGUUCGCCCAGCUGCCGGAUCCCGUCCCUCUGGGACGCGUGAUUACACGCCUAUCUUCAAGCGACGCAGGAUCGGCCUUGCGUGCACGUCGUGUAGAAAUCGGAAAUCCCGCUGCAAUGGUGCUCGACCUGCGUGCAGUCUGUGUGUAGAACUCGGCUUCGAAUGUUUCUACGAACAGCCUGGAACGGCCAGCACCACCCAUCCAGCACCACCUGGCCCGUCAGACAAAUAUGAUGAUCGACUACGCUCUAUUGAGGAUACUCUUAAACUUCUCGUCCAGUCAGUACAGCUGCCGCAGUCUCAGUCUGCCCGAGAAGGGGUUGUCAAUGCAGCCUCAGUCCUCUUUGAUGAGGUGGAUGGCACAUCGGCUACUUCUGAAGACGAUGCCAUCGAUGGCAUGGGCGUGUUUGCAGACCCAGAAGACUCCGAUGUCCGGUUUUUUGGCCCCUCUUCAAAUGUCGCCUUUCUACGUCAGAUCUCUUCAGCAACAACCCGUGUCCUUCACGCGCUGGGAGUUGUGCCUCCACCCGAUGUAGAAAAGCAACAACAAAGCUCCCUUGUCACAUUUACCCAGGCAUCAUCUCCGCCAAACACCACUAGCACCCCCUUUGUUGGUAAAGACGCCAGCAAAGAUAUCCUUGCUUUGCCCACAGAAGAUCGAGUUCUACAAUUGCUCCAUCUCUUCUUCUCAGAUACGGGUAUGCUGUUUCCAUUUGUUCACCACGAGGAAAUCGUGAGCACUUACUUCAACAUGAAGCGAGUACAAUUUGUCGGCGUGAGAAGGUCAUGGCUGUGCUUACUGAACGUAAUAUUUGCCUUCUCCACUUCUAGCAGUCUGCGACCAAAUCAACCUGCUGAAGACGAUCCAACUGAACCCGAGGUAUUUUUCGACAGAGCCUGCAGGCUAACGAAAGGCUUUGAUUCCAGGCGGCCGACUUUAGAAAUGAUACAGUGCUUCCUCUUGAUGAGUCAAUAUCGACAAGGUACUCAAUACUUCGACAGCGUUUGGGAUCUGCACGGCAUGGCGUUGAAGACGGCCUGGCAUCUAGGCCUUCACUGCAAGGCGGACUCGUCAGCCAUCAACGCCUCAGAAGCCGAAACUCGGAAGAGAACAUUUUUCGGUUGUCUUCUUCUCGACAGACGACUAGCUAUGACUUUUGGUAGACCGCCGAUCUUGCCGAAUCAGUACUUUACCAUGGAUAUGCCGAUAAGUAUGACCCGAGAAGCCUUCAUACCAACAGCUGGAGCCGCCUCGUCAGCUUUACCAGAUACCCUCUGUCUUUUCACUGCUACAAUUGAGCUGCACCUUCUGAUUGGAGAUGUUCUUGCUGAUUUGUAUGGUAACAAUCUCGGUUCGGAUCUACCGCGCUCCCUGUCAGAAAUGACUCACUCCAUUCUCUGCCUUGAGAAACGACUUGGCGCAUGGAAGAGAGGGUUGCCCCCUGAAUUGCAGAAACGCCCUUGGAAAGGUGACAGACCCGAUGUGCAGGUCAGCACACCGCUACCAGAUGAUCACAUCUUUGACCGACUAAGUGUGAUUAUGGCUCUCAGUCAUCUCAAUGUCCGAAUCCUUCUUCAUCGUUCAAUUCUUAGCAAACUCCUCUCUCGUGAAUAUGAAGCUGAGGAGGACUCAACAGAUGCUUUUUUCCGUGGUGUGGCAGAGCAGAGCGUCAUCGUCUGCGAAGCCUCUGCAAUUGAUUUAGUUGCAAUUGUAUAUAGCAUGGGCUCCGAUGCGGCGUUCUUACCAGCCUGGUGGUUUACUGCCUACUACACGUUCAACGCUGCUUUGGUAUUAUUUGCUUGCCUUGUUCUUCGCAUCAUGAAUAGUACAAGCAAGACAGCUUGGGGGGAAGUCUCUACACACGCGGGCAACCCGCAGAGGUUGUCAGAAAUGAUUGUAAGCUUACAGCAUGCGAUUGAAAUCUCGCGCAAGCUCGGCGUCGGGACAAUGUCCUCCAAACGAGUCAGAACGGCAUUGGAAAGGCUCUUGCAUAUAGCCCUCGUUUUAGUUCAGAAGCAUCCGGCCGCUUCGUCCAUUCAGUUUGCAAAUCUCCCAGGCCAUUCACUCAACUCUGAAAUGAAUGGGAGCGCAAUGUUUACAUCAACAGGCAUACCAGCCGAAGGAUUUGUCUCAACUGCUAAUGUCGUCAACGCAACCCUGUUUUUCUCCGAUCCCGCUGCACCGAUGUCGGUCUUUCCUCUGGACGAUCAAUGGAUUAUGGGCAACGACUUCCAAGAAAUCUUCGGGGACCUUGAGGCUACUGAUACUGGACCACAGUCCUUCAUGGCGGUAUGA